UGCUUUUCCUGUGGUGCUGCUUUUCAUGGCAACCAGGCACAAUACUGUUGUUUCGUCCUGGCGAGACCGAAAACAUUUUGCCGGUGCCGUGUCGGGAGACCGACUUAAUGGAAACCUGGAUGUCUUAACUUGUUACUUAUUUGUAUUCAUUAAUUCUAGAUAAAUAAUUAUUUGUAAAACUUGUUUUUUCCCGUUAGCUGUCAACUGCAGUGGCACUGUAACGUUAGUUGCCAGCUGUAGCUAACGUUAGCUAACUGAGCGAACGAGGAAAGCAGAGACCGGGUGUGAAUAACACUGACAACAGAGCUGUAAUAACUCCACAGUGUAGAUAAUGAUCAGGAGAAAUGGUGCCUUGCCAGACCCACGUGAUGCUGAAGUGGCAGGAGCAUCUGAACAGCUCCUGGGCGGCGGAGGACAGCCAGACGGCCACGCGCCAGGGGGCUGCAGGACUCUACGCCAAACUGCUACACAAUAAGGAGGUGGUGGGGGUGGCCCAGCCUGUAAUGGACUUGAUUGGCCCGCGCCUGCCAGACUUCCAGUAUGAGUCCAGUGCUGCUGAGGAGCGGGAGGAGUACCUGUCGUCGUUACUCCACAGCCAGCGCUGCCUGGCCCACCGUGUGCUGGCCCGGACACCCUAUGCCCUGGGCCUGCACCACCGCCUCGUGGUCCUCCAGCGGAUAUACUACGCCCUCCACAGCAAGUACCACGACCGCUUCCGGGCUCCUGCUCCCCCUCAGACCAUGACUAGCCAGGACAGCGGGGCCAUGGAGCCUGCCUCAGAGCCCUGGCUGCCUGGAGGAGGGUCCAGAGUUAAAUCAGGGACGGACGUUCUGAUCGAGAUGGGCGUACGGACAGGACUGAGUCUCCUCUUCGCCCUGCUGCAGCAGAACUGGCGGUACGCCCGUGAGGACCCCGGAGUGGCGCUGUGUAACGAUGUGUUGGCUACCGCUUCCUCUGUCCUGGCCUCCCUGCCCCCUCUCUCUCUGGCCAACGAGAACAAAAUCCCAGCGGUGGGGCUGGACUGCCUGGCUCAGGUGGCAGACUUCCUGAAGAAGACGUCUGUGAGCUCUGGGAGUGGAGGGGCAGAUCGGGCGGGACGCAGGCUGGCUCUGGAGCUGCUGCUGGGUCUGGCUGUACAGAGGGGCUCCCUGAGAUUCCUGCUGGAGUGGGUGGAGGUGGCUCUGGCCGCCUCCUCUUCCUCUAUAACUUCCUCCACGGGGUCACAACAGUUACAGUCAGAGGGAGGAGUAGGCUAUGACCUCAUCUAUCAAACACUUCUUCAAAUGAGGCAAUACUCGGGUUUCCGUGGAGACUCUCUCAAUUCUCAGGCCCUGAAGAAGGAUGCAGAUGGACUCUGCAGUCUCUCCCACGUUGCUCUCUGCCUGUUUGAAGAGAUCUGUAACCUGGCGUCCAACUGCUUGUGUUCGUGCAGCGCGGGCUCAGCCUCCCCUGGUGGAGUGGAGAACGAUGCUGUCAUGGUGUAUGUGUGGGGCAGCAACAGCUCUCACCAGCUGGCUGAGGGCACCUUGGAGAAGAUCCUACAGCCCAAACUGGCACAGGGCUUCAGCGACGCUCAAAUGAUUGAAGCGGGACAGUACUGCACGUUCUCUGUGUCCGCGGACGGCUCAGUGAAGGCUUGUGGGAAGGGCAGCUAUGGCCGGCUGGGUCUGGGGGACUCCAACAACCAGUCCAUGCCCAAGAAGCUGGCCCUGGAGCCCCCGAGGAACAUGUGUAAGGUUUCCUCGUCCAAGGGCUCUGAUGGCCACACCCUGGCUGUCACAGGGGAGGGAGAGGUCUUCAGUUGGGGCGACGGAGACUAUGGGAAGUUGGGACAUGGAAACAGUGCCACUCAGAAAUACCCCAAGAUAAUACAAGGACCUCUGCUGGGCAAAGUUGUGGUGUGUGUGUCUGCUGGCUACAGACAUAGUGCUGCUGUAACCAACGAUGGAGAGCUGUACACCUGGGGAGAAGGUGACUUCGGCAGACUGGGCCACAGUGACAGCCACAGUCGUAACGUGCCUACGUUGGUGAAGGAUAUCAGUGGAGUGGGUCAGGCGGCCUGCGGUAGCUCUCACACCAUGGCUGUGGCUCAGGACGGACGCAUGGUGUGGUCUUUCGGAGGGGGAGAUAAUGGUAAACUGGGUCACGGGGACACUAACCGUGUGUACCGGCCCAAGGUGAUCGAAGCACUGCAUGGGUUCAUCAUCAGGAAGGUGUGUGCCGGGAGCCAGUCAUCUCUGGCUCUGACCUCUGCUGGACAGGUAUUUGCGUGGGGCUGUGGUUCAUGUUUGGGCUGUGGUUCCUCUGAAACCACAUCUCUGAGACCCAGGUUCAUCGAAGAGCUCAGUGUGACCAAGAUUAUUGAUAUUUCCUGUGGGGACAGCCACUGUCUGGCUCUGUCUCAUGAAAAUGAGGUGUAUGCUUGGGGGAACAAUGCCAUGGGGCAGUGUGGCCAGGGACACACCUCUACACCCGUCACCAAGCCGAAGAAAGUGAUUGGUCUAGAAGGAGUGUCAAUCCAGCAGAUCACCGCUGGCACUUCCCACAGCCUGGCCUGGACCGCUGUCCCCACCGACAGGCAGUUGGUGGCAUGGCAUAGACCGUUCUGUGUGGACCUGGAGGAGAGCACCUUUACCUACCUUCGUAGUUUCCUGGAGAGAUACUGUGACGGGAUAGGAGGAGAAAUGCCCCCUGCACCCUUCCCUUCCAGGAGGGAGCACCACCAGUUUGUCUUGCUGUGUAUGAAGCUGCUGUCCAUACACCUCUCUCUAGCCCAUGCUGGGGGCACAGGGGCCACAGUACUAGGGGCCCAAGGGAGGCCCCUCCGAAACCUGCUCUUCAGGCUCAUAGACUCCAGUGUACCUGAAUCCAUACAACAGGCGGUGAUGAACACUCUGUCCAUCGGAGCGUCUCUGCUGUUGCCCCCCCUCAGGGAGAGAACUGAACUGCUCCACUCACUGCUACCUCAGGGCCCAGAGAGCUGGGAGAGCCUCUCUAAAGGACAGCGUCUGCAGUUGGACAUGGUUCUGAACAGCCUCCAGGAGCAGUCCCAUGUGGCCUCUCUGCUGGGGUACUCCUCUCCUGGGGAGCUGACUGCUGGGGCUGGCCCCCUGGGGCCACCCCUGACCUCCAGCCCAGACCGGCCCAGCCCCAGCCCAGAGGCCCUCCACGACCAUCUCCACCUGGCUGAGAUGCUGCUCAAGACCCUGUUGCUCAGCAUCGGAUUCUACACGGAACGGGCGUUUGGUGAGCUGGAGAAGAACAGUGACAAGCAGCAGUCCAGCCGGUCCCAGAGACAGACAGAUCCUCCCUCUCACUUCCACCACCUCUUGUCAGCCCUGCACAAACACCUGCUGGCCCAUUGUUACAGCCAGACCAACACAGAGGAUGACAGCAGUGUGACGUUGCUCCACAAACACCUGUGUCUGCUGCUACCCUACACUGCCGAGACCUUCAGGAGGUCCACCAUCUUACUGGAGGAGAGCUCUCUGGACAAGCACGUCAUCCACAAGCUACACACGGUGCUCCUAAGCUCUGUAGCGGGCAGCCUGCUGUGCCAGGUCAUGUAUUCCCUGUUGCUGCUACCCCUGUGGGUGGUACGCCCGCUGCUCACCCACCUGCUCUGUCUGCUGGAGCACCUCAAUGAGUUCAACUGCCUGCUGCCAGACACUGCCCUGCUGGAAGAGAGGGAGCUGGAGGCAGCAUGUUCCGGACAGCUGGAUGACACUGAAAGGGCAGGUCCUAGCCACGGAGGGGCGGAGGACGACGGAUGGGUGUGGCUUCUGGACCUGGAGAGAUCUGUGGCGCUGGCGAUUGGACGCUGCCUGGGCGGGAUGCUGCAGGGACCGCCCCCUUCUGUCCAAGAGAGGACAUCAGAAUACUGGCUGUGUAACCCUCUCCUCAGGAACGGACUGGAGAUGGACUUUGAACAACUGGACUCCAGCACAGCGUGGCUCACCGAGGCAGUGCUGCUUGGUUGUCCUGAUGCCAAGCUGGCAGACCUGUGUUUGAGCGAGGAGAACAGCAUGUUGAUGGAGCUAGCUCUAGGAUCGUCUAGGGAGCCUGCUGGAGGCCUGUGGAGGAAGAUGAAGGAGUACGCCAUCAGCAGGGACUGGGAUAACAGCGGCCCCUCGGGUGACUCCCUGUUAGAGACGGCGUGUCGCUGCAGCCUGGCUGCUCUCCUCAAACACACAGGGCUACAAGAUGAGGCCUACUGGCAGGACAAGUACGAGCCGUGUGAGAUGCUGAUAGAGAUUUAUGAGAUGGUGUAUAAGAUCAGGAGUGCUCUGCUGGCACAUAAAGACUCUCCAGGGACUACAGCCAACACACAGGCCCUGGCUAACAGUAAACAGAGUCCCAGUGGGCAGGACCGGCAGGAACCGGGUCCCUCUGGUAGAGAGCAGCAGGCGGACCGGGGGAAAGAUCAGGACCCUGAGCUGGGGGGUCACAGUGGAGGUCACGGGACUCACCAGGGAGGGCAGUUCCUCCCCACGACUGCAGAACACAACCAGGAGGAGGGGCCAGAGGAGGACACACCCAGCAUCAGCAGUAUGUACCUGCCGGAGGUUCUCCAGUGCUUCCUGGCCACGCGGGAGGCCAUGCAGCUACAGCAGAACGAGACUGUCUACGAGUCUUCCGGGACCUCCACCCUCCCCAGCAGCACAGAGAGCCCCGGUACCCCAGAAAGAGAGCCCCCUAACACGCAGGGCUGGGAGCGGCGGAGGGGGUCUGAAGAGGGCAUGUCAUUCCCUGUAGCCUGCCACCUGGUUGUGUCCCGCUGUGUGUUUCUCCUCUUGGGGGUCCGGCCCGCGUGGCAGGAACAGAGUGAAGAGACAGGGCAGGCGGAGAGCACUGGAGCCAGGAAAUCAACUUCAUCUACAGAUUCUCUACUCAGCCCAAAGGCCGAACAGAGCAGAUUCACCUUGGGCAGUAGAAAACCAUCUGCAGGCCAGUCCAGAAACUCCUUCAAGAAUAGAAUGGGUCUACCACUGUGUUCCCUGGGCAUCAUGAAGGAUGCGUGGGAGCGGCUACGCCAGUGCAUCAGCCCCACCACCAGCUCCAUGUGCCAGGGCGGGGCGGGCAGCUCGUCCAGCGUGCUCAGCCAGGUCUUUCACUUCCUGUGUGGGAGCCUGCUCCGUCCGACCCCACCCUCCUCGUUACUGGAGAGAGAGGCAGGCAGCCAGGCAGACCCCAAGGCCAUCACAUUGGCCAUGUACCAACAACAGCAGAGGGCAGAGGUCCGUCUAGAGGCGUUGUGCCAGAUCUCUUCCUUCCUGUCUGAGAUGGAGGAGAAGAGUAGUGGUUCAGGCUCCUCUCCUCCCUUGCGGUUCCCUGGCUUGUUACAAUCUGUUCAACUGCAGUUCCUGUCUGGCUGCUUCGGACUGGGGACACCUAUCACAGGCUGCCAGUCUGGAGACAACGACCAGAUGAACCACUACACUUCUGGGACCCAGUCGGCGUCUAUGUUUACCCAGAGAGAGCUGCAGUCUGCUGCCCACACCCUCUACCAGCAGGUGGUCCGAGUCCUGAGACAGAAGGUCCUCACGGAGAGGGAACAGACAGGCUCCUACCAGCCUCUGUUGUUGGCCACAGUGUUUGCCUUGAAUUUCCACUACCAGCCAGUAGAUCUGGUGGUGGUCUGUAAGUCUGGCAUCCUGGAGAUCCUGCCGUUGCUGACAGACAACACGUGUGUUCUGAUGAACCAGCGCUGGCUGGUAGCCUCUGUGUCAGGAAGCAUGCUGCUGAAUGGAGCCGUAAAACUGGCCUGUGCCCGGCUACUGCAGAUACUGGCCAUCGCUGCUAGUUCGUGUGAGGACUCCCUGCCUCUGGACGUGUCUCAGGCCCUGCUGGAUGUGAUGUGUGAGCAGCUCCAGAGUCUGUUACACAUGGUCCACCAGCAGGAGGCGCUGGAGAACACGGCAACAGAGGAAGCAGACCAGGACACCUCCACCAAGAGGAUCCGGAUAGAGGGGAUGGAGAUGGUGCGGAGCAGUAGGGUCAUUGAGUCUCAGCUCGCUGACUUCUUGGUAUUCCUGAGGCGUAUCCUGUCGCUAAGGGUGACCAAGAGAGUCUCUGCCUUCAUCAAGUGGAUCGAUCCACUCAUGACCAUCAUCUCACACAAGUGCUCUUCUGGUUCUCCACGAUUCCGGAACUUGAGAACCAAACUGUUAGCCUUCCACAUUCUGGAAGGUCUGUUACCGGCCUGUUCUGAUACAGCACAGAUUGAACAGAUAGUUGAUCAGCUGUUUGGGCUUCUCUCAGUGUGUAUGUGGGAGGAGCCUUUAGCUGUGAAGAAGAACCAAGAGAAAACAGCAGAGAGCUCCAACAGGGACCCAGGAAGUGAAGAUGAGUCUAUUCCUAUUGGAGACUUCUCCUUUGACCCCUACAAGCUGAUCUGCUGCUCGUUGGAGAGCGGCAACGUCCUGUCUCAUGGAUCAGGAGGGAAGGGGUACGGCCUCGCCACCACAGCCAUCAACUCCGGCUGCUUCAUAUGGAAGUUCAACAUCACCAAGGAGAACAAAGGGAACGAGGGCACUUGUAUCGGAGUGUCUCGCUGGCCCAUCCGGGACUACAACCACCGUACCACCACAGACAUGUGGCUGUACCGGGCCUACAGCGGUAGUCUGUACCACGGAGGGGAGCUGGGCCGGGCCCUGCCAUCUUUCACUCAGGGAGACACCAUCACCUGCAUCCUGGACAUGGAGGCUAGAACCAUCUCUUUUGCCAAGAACAACAAGGAGCCUAAGUUGGCUUUUGAAGGUGUGGAGGCCACGGAGUUGUACCCUUGUGUGUUAUUCUACAGCAGCAACCCUGGAGAGAAGGUGGCGCUGUGUGACCUCCAGAUGAGAGGCAUGCCCAGUGACCUGCUGCCUGGUGAACCACUGUGUUCCCCCCGCACCACAGUACUGCUGGAGGCCACGGUGCAGCUCCUCCGCAGGCUGCACCAGUGUGACGGCUACUGGACACAACACAUCAACCAGCACAUGCAGAGCCGGCUGGAGCUCAUAGGACCGCUCAUGAAGGAGGGAGGCCUGGGGACCGUCAAACAUGCAGGCCCAAGACCUAAAGGAAUUGAUGAAAGGGAGAAGAACAAGGAGCAGGUCAGGACUUGUGUUGGAGAGGAGACUGUAGAACCAGGAGACUUGGUGACGGGACCUUCAGGCCUCUCUGAGACCCAGCUGGGUGCUUUGUGCUCUGAGGUGUGGCCGGUGCUGGCCCUGAUCGGAGGAGUGGACAGUGGGCUCCGGGCAGGGGGGCUCUGCCUCCAUAAACCCAGUGGGAGAAGGGCUACCCUGCUGGGGGUACUGAAGGAAGGAAGCCCCCUAGCCAAGCUUCAAUGGGAGGAGGCUGACCUCUCUGUCAGCUUCCUGAAUUCUUGGUCACCCAGCGACACCCCGCUCUCCUCCUUGGAGCCCUGUGACGUGCCCCAGUGUGACGUCAGCAGAUUCCGAGGCCUCAAACCCUCUGUCCUCUUAGACCUGAUCUUCCUGACCGGCCUCCUGGAGGAGCAGGGGGAGGCCCGGGAACGAGGAGGAGGCGCAGGGAGAACCAGGAAGAGCUGCUCCUCCGAGCAGGAAGAGGAGGGAUGGAGCAUCCCUCGGAGUGUGCUGGAACGCAGGCUAGAUGAAGACAUCGCCCGUGUCAUGAUGGACGAUGAUGACAUUGAAAGAGGCACUGGGCUAACAGAGGAGAGGGAGGAGAGGGAAGGAGAGAGGGAGAGGAACAGUCACCCGUCCCCAACUAGAGCGCUCUCAGAGUCCUGUGACGAUCCAGAGGAGGGUAGUACCUCGUCCUCCUGCCCCCCAACUCCAACCCCAACCCUACCAACCCCCUCCCCCCAUCAGACCAAGCCCCAGCCAGAUGUCUUCUCCCUGGAGCUCCGGGCUGUAAGGGUUUCCUACCUCCUGCUGGGAGCCUUAAAGUCCCUGGCUGUCAUCCUCAGCUGUGGGAAGUUUACUGACCUGCUGCUGGUGCCAAAGCAUCAAGACCCCUCUACUGCUGCCAUCCUGACCAGUAGCAGCCCUGACCAGGCUAAGCCAGGGGACUCUGGUUUGAGCCCUGCCCCAGCCGGAGAAGACAGCAACGCUGCUGAAAUGAGGUCUGUGCUACAGUUUAUGGUGCGGAGCAUGGUGAAGUGGGCUGUGCGACCCUGCCCUAUCAAACAGAGUGUGUCCCUGUCAGACCUGGAGAGAGCUCAGGUCCUAAUCUUCAAAGGAACUCUCAACAGACUGCAGGAAGACAAAGGAACCAAAGACCGGAAGGAGCCUGGUCACCACUCCUCGUCCCAGCCGCUGUCAAAGACUUCCAGCUCUGUGUCUCUCUACAGCACGGGGUCAGAGGGCACCGCCAUCUUUGGUCAAUCAAACGGAGCCUCUGCCUCGUCCUCCACCAAUGACCUGGCUGCUUCUCUGCUCUCUGCGCUGCAGGCCGAUGGCCUGGAGAACUUUAACCCCUUCCUCCCCAUCAACCUCCUGCAGCGGAUGGUGUUAGCACGGUUCCCUACCCUGGCCGGCCUGGUUAAUAACCCCCCCAUGUUGCACGGUCCUGGCCCAGGCUUCGGCCUUGCCACCUCGUCUUCCUGUGAGGGCUUCACAGAGCAGCAGACCAGCUUCAUGGAGCCCUGCGCUAAUUCUCAGGCCAGGAGCCGUGGCGCGGAACGGCCUCAAAUGUUUGUCCCAGUCCGCUUACUAGAAAUGGGCUUCUCUAUGAGACAUAUCUACAAGGCCAUGGAGGCAGCAGGUGUGGCAGGUGAAGUAGACUCGCGGACCAUCGAGGUGCUGGCUAGCUGGAUGUUGGAGCACCCCCUGACUGAGGAGCUACAGAUGGAGAGCCAGCCAGCAGGAGCCUCCACCACUGAAACCCCCUCCCCUGACGGACCGGAGACCGUACAGUGCCCCGAGGCCCCCACCAGCGAACCCAACGAAAGUCUGCUGGCGGGCCUGGACCUGGUGGAGAGGGAGAACUUCUUAGAUGUCCACCUGACCAGGAACAGGCCGCCCCCGGCCAGACGCCAGCGCUCCAGUUUGGGGCACAGAACAUCCUUUAGGAGAGCAGACUCUCCGUCCCCCAACCCCAUCCCACCGCUGUACAGGCAGGACCCAGGGGUGUCUGAGUGGCCGGAGAGGGCGGAGACGCACCCGUUUGCUGCUGAGGAGGAGUCAGAGUUGGGGUACAUGGAUGACCCCUACCAUGAAGAGCCCUAUGAGGAGCUACAGUUUAGAGAGUUCAUCAGCUCGGAGAGAGACACCCUCUGGAUGGUCGAGGGGGGCGAGGAGCACCAGCCCCAUGACAUGGUACAGUGUGAGCUGUGUAACACCCUGACUCUGCAGUUCAACAACCACAUGAAGAGGCAUCACCCGGGCUGUGGCCAGAGUGCUGGCCGGCGAGGGUACCGCUCUACCGGGGCAUACGUGGACGGGUGGUUCGGAGGGGAGUGUGGGUCCGGUAGCCCUUACUACCUGCUCUGUAGCACCUGUAGAGAGAAGUACCUGGCAGCUAACCUAGGGGAGAUUGGAUCCAAACAUGACCGAAUGAAAGGGCUUGCUUCUGAUUUAAUUGGACGACUGGACAGCACCUCCGAUGAAGACUGGGAGCUGGGCCCUCUAGACGACUCUGACCCAGACCGGCUGACUGGGCUGGAGGACUUUGGGGUGUUGCUGAGGCCUCUGGGUCUGAGUGAGAAGAAGCUGGUGCCAGACCCCAUCCCCUUCACAGAAAACGACCCGCUGGGAGCGCUGGUCAACAGCACCAGUAACCCUGACGGGUCAAUGAUCCAGAAAGGUGUGGUCAGCAUUGACACUAAGGGGUUAGGUUCCUCCGGCCCUCUGACUCUGGGGGAGCAGGCUGCAUCGCUGAGAGACCCUCAGGACAGACUGCAGGCUCUAAGGAGAGUCACCUCUACAGCCCAGAUACUACUGGCAUACAGCAUGGUGAUGAGAGCACUCUCCCAAACAUCCUCUAGUGUGUCAGUGUGCAGUGCCUCUAGUGGUCUGGAGGGCUUGGGCCUGGCAGACAUCCGUAUCCUGGUGCGUCUGAUGUGCCUUGCAGCGGCAGGCCGGGUCCAUACCAGUGUUGACCAGCAAGGGGUAGCACGGGGUAGCAGAGGCUGUGGUGGGGCUACAGAGAGCAGCAGCUCUGCCUUCCUCUCCUUCCUUAGCUCAGCUAUAGGCAGCCUGGUCUCACACAGCCCCACAGCAUACAGGGAGCUGGUGGACAUCUGCACUCAGGAUCUGAUGGCGGCUGCCACAGGGAUGAACCUUGGUGCCAUCAGUGAUCCUGCACAGAGAGUUCGUCUGACCUCCACCCUGAAGAGGGCGCCACAACAAGAUGUCACACCCCUCACACCUCCCACCUUCCUGGUCACACAGAGUCUGGUCUCCCUGCUCACAGAGAAGGGCAUCCGCUACCGCUAUUCUCCAGAGAGAACCGUUACUGAGCAGCACGAGUCUAAAGGUCCAGAGGCUGGUAGCCCGUCUGCUGCAGUACCUCCUCCCCAGGUGGGGGCGAGAGUGGGCCCUCUGGAGCUGGCCAACGCCCUGGCUGCCUGUGCCCUGUCUGCCAGGCUGACCAGUAAACAUCGUCAGUGGGCAGCCCAGCAGCUGGUCCAGGCCCUGGCAGCCUCAGAGAGGGAGAGGGACAACCCCAUCCGGCCUCAGACCUACAGCGACAUGGCUGGAGACCUGAGGAAGUGUCCUCUGAAGAAGCUAGAGGGACAUCACGGCAGGGUGACUAGCUGUACUUGGAACAAUGAGCAGGGUCUGUUGGCCACUGGAGCUCAGGACGGGACAGUCAGAUUGUGGGACGUCAACCAGAACACUGCUGACCUGCAGUGCACACACUCCUGUAGCAUCAGUGAUGACAGACGGGGCUCUGAGGCAGCAGGUGGAGCUCACCUGGUGUCUCCUGUCUAUUGGAGCUCUGGAGGUACCCUCCUCGCUGCCUUCCAAAACAAGAUCAUCAACAUCUGGACUGUCAAUGGAGCCCAGGGCCAUGUGGAGGCCCAGCCGUCCUGGGUGACAGCCCUCUCCUGGGUGCAGACCUCCAGCCCCUUCCCCACCCAGGGAGGCAUCGCCGGGAAGGAUGCCCAGCCAGAGAGCCUGUUGGUGGGGCGUCUGGACGGAUCACUCUGCUGGUUGCAGGUCACUGAAGACUUCUCCAUUGAGAGCACCGAGCUCACCCGCUGCCACAGGAAAGAAUCUCCUCAGUGUGUGGCGUGGCACAGUGUGGACAAGCCCUUUGCUGUGGGUUACCCUGAUGGGAAGAUCCUACUGGCUACCGCUGAAUCCUACGAGACUGAACAGCCCCUACUACUGUCUGCCUUCCCUGAGAGUGUCAGCAUCCUGCGCUGGGACCCCACGGGCCACCUCCUCCUCUCCACUGGCCGGUCUGAGGUGGUGAAGAUCUGGGGGCGGGCGGGAGGCACCUGGAUCACCCUCCACUCCCUGUUCCACACAGGCACCGUCAACACGGCCGAGUGGUGCCCGCUGCCUGGCAGAGGUCCCGAACCACGCCUUAUGAUGGCUGUAGGGAGCCAGAAUGGUCUUCUGAAUGUGUGGACUCUGCCACAGGGGGGCACUAAUGUGUCAGUUCCUAAGUUCCUGGGCAGCUCAUCCAGUCAGGAGAACAACAGUGGCAUCAAGCGUGGCAGUGCCAAGUGUGUGUUUCGACUGAGUGGUCACAUCACAGCGGUGAAGACCCUGUCGUUCUGCCCCAGUGGUCUGGCCCUGGUGUCUGGAGGUAUAGGAGGACUACUCAACAUCUGGUCUCUACAGGAUGGUUCCAUCCUACAGACAGUGGUGACAGGCCUAGGCUCAGUGGUCAGUACCACCUGGAUACCAAAUGUAGGGGUGGCUGCCUGCUCCGGCAGGUCAAAGGAUGCUCUGCUGAUCCGCUGUACGUCAGACUGGAUCUCCCAGAACCACGUGUUGGCAUCCUGCCGCACCGUCCUCAGAACACAGGGCAUUCUGGGUCUGAACCGUGCACCCUGCAUGGCCGUCUUCCUGGAGAGACUUCCCACACUGCUGCAGGAACAGUACAGCUACGAGAGGAGUCACGUGACAGCGGGUGACCAGUUGGUCCACAGUGCCUUCCUCCAGAGUCUGGCCUCUCUGACCGUCGGCCUUUCCCUGGAACAGUACCUGUGUCGGCCCUGCCGACCCCCCCACCACCACCCUGCCAGCCUCAGCCUCGACCACACACACUCCUGCCCCAUGGAGUGGAGCUGGCUCCAAACCUUCUCCACCACUGUGAAGAGCGCGGAGGCCAUCGCCAGGGGAACAGCGUUCCCAGAAUCCUUCACUGUCCCAGAGUUCCAGCAGGCAGGAACCACAGAACUCACCAAGCCCCUGGACAAUAGUAAGUGGAGCUUCAUGAUGGACGAACAACUCAUGUCCUGGGCCACCACCAGACCUGAGGACUGGCAACAGGGAGGGAAGAGUCAGGUGUUUCUGUGGGGCAACGGGCGUCACGGACAGCUGGCAGACGCAGGGACCAACCUGAUGGUGCCUACCAUCGCCCCGUCUCUGUCCCAGACACAUCAGGUUGUGUGUGGGCAGAACUGUACAUUCCUGGUACAGGCGAACGGUACGGUGCUGGCUGUAGGAGAGGGUAGCUAUGGGAGACUGGGCCAGGGCAACUCUGAUGACCUAUAUACCCCCACAGUUAUCUCAGCCUUGCAAGGCUACGUGGUGACCCAGCUGGUGACCUCUUGCGGUUCUGACGGCCACUCCCUGGCCCUGACGGAGACGGGGGAGGUGUUCAGCUGGGGUGACGGGGACUAUGGGAAGCUGGGACAUGGGAACAGUGAGAGACAGAGACGACCCAAACAGGUGGAGGCUCUGCAGGGAGAGGAGGUGGUGCAGUUGGCAUGUGGGUUCAAACACUCAGCCGUGAUUACAACAGACGGGAAGCUGUUGACCUUCGGUAGUGGAGACUCUGGUCGUCUGGGUCAAAGGUCAACGUCCAACAAGAUGCUGCCAGAGAGAGUCACGGCGCUGGAGGGAUAUCACAUUGGACAGGUGUCCUGUGGUAUCAACCACACCCUGGUGCUGUCCUCCGAUGGGAUGAGUGUCUGGUCCUUUGGUGACGGGGACUAUGGGAAGCUGGGGACCGGUCCCUGCACUGUGAAGUCUUAUCCUCAGAAAGUGGAGCAACUGUGUAACAAGGGAAUCAAGAAGGUUGGCUGCGGGACCCAGUUUUCUGUUGUCCUGGCCAAAGAUGGGCAUGUUUACACCUUUGGACAAGAGCGGUUGAUCGGCCUGCCAGACUCUCUGUUGAAGAACCACAACCGUCCCCAGGUGGUGCCAGCCCUGGAGGGGGUGUUUGUAGAGGACAUAGCUGUGGGCUGUGAGCAUGUCCUGGUUUUGUCUUCUACCGGAGAUGUCUAUGCCUGGGGCUGUAACUGUGAGGGACAGCUUGGCCUGGGUCACUCAAGCCCAGUGAAGGAGCCCACCCUGGUGACAGCCCUACAGGGGAACAACGUCAGACAGAUCUCUGCUGGUCGCUGCCACAGCUCAGCCUGGACCACACCCUCACCCUCUGUCAAAGCCUCAGGUGCCUCAGCCAACCUGCAGCUGGGUCUGCCCCAGUCUAUCCCUCCCCAGUAUAACGCUCUGAAAGACUGCAGCCCUGACGUCCUCAACACCCGCCUCCGGGUGCUCUACCACUUCUCUGACCUCAUGUACAAGUCCUGGAGGCUGCUCAACCUCCACCCCAGGAACCAGGUGUCUUCAUCUCGCUACAGCUCAGGGACAGCAGCCAUCGUCCAGGGCCAGCUGAGAGGCCUCCUGUCCCCCAAGGUCAACACUCUACCCCUGGUCAGAUCAAUAGGGAGGACCAUGACCCAGGGCAAGACCUACGGACCCCAGAUCACUGUCAAGAGGAUCUCAACCAGGGGGCGCUCCAGCAAGCCCAUCUUUGUGCAGAUCGCCAAGCAGGUGGUCUCUCUGAACCCCCUGGAGCUGAGGCUGCCCUCCAGGGCCUGGAAGGUCAAGCUGGUGGGGGAGGGGGCUGACGACGCAGGGGGGGUGUUUGAUGAUACCAUCACGGAGAUGUGUCAGGAGUUGCAGUCUGGUGUGGUUGAUCUGCUCAUUCACACCCCCAACAGCUCUACUGACGUGGGAAGUAACACCGACAGGUUCCUGCUGAACCCAGCGGCAGUCUCUGAAGACCACAUGGUCCAGUUCCGUUUCCUAGGCAUCCUGAUGGCGGUGGCCAUCCGUACCAAGAAGCCCCUGGACCUGCACCUGGCCCCCUGGGUUUGGAAGCAGCUGUGUUGUAUUCCCCUGGGUGGGCCGGACCUGGAGGAGGUGGACCUGCUUACCUACCGCUCCCUGCACGGCAUCCGGCACCUGGACAACAGCGGUAUCACAGAGGACAACUUCCACGUGAUGAUUCCUCUGGACUCGUUCAUGGCCCACAGUGCAGAUGGGAAGCUGGUGGCGGUGGUCCCUGGGGGACACAACAUCUCUCUCACCUUCUCCAACAAGAGUGACUACGUAGAGAGGACUCUGGACUACCGCCUGCACGAGAUGGACAGACAGGUAGCAGCGGUGAGAGAGGGGAUGUCCUCCAUCAUCCCGGUGCCUCUCCUCUCUCUACUCACGGCGCGCCAGCUAGAACAGCUGGUCUGCGGUCUGCCCGAGGUCUCUGUGGAGAUGCUCAAGAAAGUAGUCCGAUACCGCGAUAUCACAGACAGUCACCAGCUGAUUGGCUGGCUGUGGCAGAGUCUGGAGGAGUUUGCCAAUGAGGAGCGGGUUCUAUUCCUGCGCUUCGUGUCCGGAAGGUCCAGACUGCCCUCCAACCCCGCUGACAUCACUCAGAAGUUCCAGAUCAUCAAGGUUGACAGGCCUGUGAACGGGCUCCCCACAGCCCAGACGUGUUUCUUCCAGCUGCGUCUGCCCCCCUACACCAGCCAGGCCAUCCUGGCCGAGAGGCUGCGUUACUCCAUCCACAACUGUCCCUCCAUCGACAUGGACAACUACAUGCUGUCUCGAAACACCGACCCGGCCGACGGAUCCGACACAGAGUAUUGAUGAUGCUGGUAGUAAUAAUACUGGUGAUGUCGAUAGUAAUGAUACUGAGUACUGAUGAGACCCCCUGCUCAAUAACAACAAUAACAACAA